GCUGCACCUGAGAGAGGAUUAUUGGCUCAUUAUUAUCAUCGCAGUGACGCAGUAAAGAGAGUAGAAGAGCGUCUGUAGAGGAGCUGCUCAUUCAUUCACAACACUGACCAACACCAGCAGCGCACAUGAGGGCCACACGAGCCGCCAUUCUCCUCGCGUCUCACUUGCUGUUUGGGCUGGUCUGCAUUGAUGCAUCGAGAAGCACAGACUGUAUUUCACACAUGGCCGCUUGUGUUUCCCCACACGUCUGCAAGAGUCAACAGAGCACGCUCAGGCAGACCUGCCAAUUUAAAGAUGGCACCUGCCGUAUGACUAAUGCGGAGCGGUGCAGCGGAUCUCUCCAGAUGAUGCUCGAGGGAUCACCUGCACUGCGGGGCUGUGUGUGUUCACUGACAGACCCCUGCAGAACUCUACAACAGCUCUAUUCACACUGCCAGCCUCACUGGGCUCUAAAAAACAAACAUCUUGAAGCCAGUGAUCACAAAGCACACGCACUCCACGCAGACAGACCUUGUCUUGAAGAGAUUGCAGCUUGUCUUGGAGAGGAGAGCUGUAACAGGCCCAUGGUGCCGCUUCUCCAGGAGUGCAAGGCUUCCUCAUGUAAUCAGUGCACAGAGGCGAUACGGCAGUUCUACUCGGCUCUUCCUCACAGUGUGGCUGAAACACUGGUGUUCUGUGAAUGUGGUGCACAAGACCAGCAAUGCCAGGAGAUGAAGGCUCUUAUCCACUACGGAUCCUGUGUGAGCGAGCAGACGCAGACACCCUGGACCUGUUUGGAAGCGCUGGACAGCUGCUUUGAGGAUGCUUCGUGCAGGCAGGUGUUUGACGGGUUCCUGUCCAAAUGCUUUGAGGCGGAGGAAUCUGCAUUUGAUUCCACCAGUGACUGGCUGUAUCUCCUAGACCCAGACUUCUUUCUUGGGGAGGACGUCGAAUGCAGGGCAGCAUUUGUGGAAACAGUGGGUUCAGUACUGCAUCACCCAUGCACGUGUGCCGGACUGCAUCAUCAUCACCAAUAUAAGUGUGAUGAGCUGAAGCUAAUUUUCCAAGACAAGUCCCUCUUCAAGCGCUCAAGGAGAAAAGACAGUUUACUACAUGGAAAACCUCAUGAACCAAACACACAACAACAACCUAGCAAUGAACCGAGCCCUGAUCAGCAACGGAUAGAUGGAGCAAAUCUCAUACAUGGACAGUCCAAUGACUCAAGCAACGGACAGCAAGCAACCAAUGAAUCACACGUCCAGCAGAAGCUGUUGAGUGAUCAGCUGCUGUACCUCCUGAUAUACAUCUCUGCAUUAAUGGUGCUGGUUUUGUUUAUAGUCAGCCUUGUUUUACACAGAGUAAGGAGGAUUCACCAGGCUGCUGGUAAACCAACGUUCGAGGACCAGCAGUCAAAGUCUCUGAUGAUGUUGUCAUCGGUCAUUAUUUGAGCCAUUUGAUAAAACUCUGGCUUCAUCAAAGACAUUUCUGAUUUGCACAUUUAUGAAUCUGGACCACAAAACCCAUUGUAUAAUUAGGGAUUUUUUUGUUUAAUGCCAAAAAUUAAUAGAAUAUUAUGUAAACAUUGUGUUCAAUAUUUAUUGUAUCUUUUUUUUCUUGUUUU